AAUUUAGAUUUGGUUCAACCGGACCCAAUAACGACAUUGGCCUGAUCACGGACCGGGUCAAAGUGAUUGUUUUUCUCCUUCGUACCCAUAUCACUCCCAAUCCUGUCCCUCUGUCACAGCAACAACACCCAUUUUGAAUCCUCCUCUUCUCUGUGUGGCUUCGCCAUGUUCCAUUUUCAAGGUCGAACAAGCAAGCAUAUCCACAAUCCCCUUUUGAUCAUUAGGCAAAAAUCCAGUGGAGGAAGAAGGCCGAAGAAGAAGACCUACCAUAGGGUUCCCGAACUGGACAGGGUGAUGGAGCUUCGCAAGAAGCCAUCCAUGAUCCUCCAACUAAAGUCCAUCAUCCAAUCCCAAUCUCACAACUCUCUCCUCCUUCGUGACCUCGAAAAAAACGUUGGCUUUGUCCGCAAAUGGGACUUCAUGGCUCUCAUCCAAAAGUACCCUACUAUUUUCCGCGUCAAUGGAACACCCCCUUCUGUGUCCCUCACCGACAAGGCCCAUAGGGUAGCCCAAGAAGAAGGCCCAGCCAGAACCUUAAUGGAGCCCAUCUUGGUUAACAACUUGAGGAAGCUGUUGAUGCUUUGCGUUGACUGCAGGGUGCCCCUUGAAACCGUUGACUUUGUUGGGCCUGAAUUGGGCCUGCCCUUUGAUUUUAAGGAAUGUUUGAUUCCUAAAUACCCUCAAUUUUUCUCAGUCAGGCAUGUCAAGGGAAGGGAUUUUCUUCAGUUGGAGGAUUGGGAUUCUACUUUGGCUGUCACUGCCAGAGAGGCUAGGUUGGCACAGGAAGGAGUCUUGAACAUGAAGCCAAAUGGGGAUCAAAGGAAGGUGAAGAUUUCAAGAGAUGGGAACUAUCUUGGUCCAUUUGCGUUCAAAGUAAAUUUUCCUGCUGGUUUCAGGCCAAAUGUUGGCUUCCUUGAGCAGUUUGAGAGGUGGCAGAAGUUGGAGUUUCCUUCUCCUUAUUUGAAUGCAAGGAGGUUCGAUGCUGCUGAUCCGAAAGCCCGAAAACGGGCCGUGGCUGUGAUUCAUGAGCUCCUUAGCUUGACCAUGGAGAAGAGGAUGACAUCUGCACAGCUGGAUGCAUUUCAUGCUGAGUGCCUUUUGCCGUCUAAGUUGCUGCUUUGCUUGAUAAAACAUCAUGGGAUAUUUUACCUCACUAAUAAAGGUGUAAGGAGUACUGUCUUCCUCAAAGAUGCAUACCUUGGUUCCAACUUGAUAGAUAAGUGUCCUCUGUUGCAAUUUAAUGAUAAGUUUGUGGCACUCUGUGGUAGAGGAAAUAUUGAUGUAUCUGACAGCAAGAAUUCUUUACAGGCUGUUGUUUAGAAGUUGAGUUUGAUUUUUCAGUGGUACAGGUUCUGCAUAUCUUCCUAUUUGAGAAAGGAUAGGGAAAUUUAGCAUGGAAAUGUAUGCAGUAGUAAAGGAUAUAUCAUUCCUUGCUUGAAGAAAGACCAUGGAAGUACAUUCUCGUGAUACUUUAACAUCAAAUCUGUUAUCGGAAGUACAAAUUAGUAGCUUACAACUAGAAAGACAGUGAUCAGAAACAAAAGUCUGACUUCAUUAAAUUAGAUUAUUCUAAUUGUUCGCGCCUUGCAUGCAUCAAGAUUGAGGUGAUGUAGAAAAUUUUUGUCGAGUCAAAUUCUGAUGCUCACGGUAGUCUUGGACUGGAACAUUUAGUUGGCAAUUUGCAAAGGCAAGCCAAUAUAUAUAUGCCCUCAAAUAAUUUAAUCACUUCUACUAAGACAGCAUGAAUUAAAAAAUUGACGUUUACGAAUCUAAUAAAGGAGGCGACAGGGGUUAGGGGUAAGGAGUACUUAGAGUAUCACUAUCCUUUCAAUGCUCUAGUGUGAAUUCUUUAAUGGUAUUUGCCUUAAAAUGGAGGUGCUUGAAUGGAGACUUUGGCACUAGAUGUAUCUUAUCUUCCUCUUAAUGCAUUUGUUGCUGAAAAGUGAAGGACUUGUGAUCGCUUGAAGAGCAGCCAUCAGAGUUUUGGUGCAGUAAUUGUUCUAAAUGUUUUUCCACUUGUUAUAUUAAAUACUUAUCAUGCUGACUUGGCCAUCAGUUCUGGUGCGGCAAUUGUUCUUGAGUAAUAAUUUCCCCCACUAUAUGUUUAUAAAUCAUUACCUUGCUGACUUAAUAUCUGUAAAGCUUACAUCUGUCAUCAAUAUUGGAAAUAUUCCUUUAUUAAUUUCUAGAUAUAGAUUGAAACUUUAUGUUUGCAUUAAAUGAUUAAAUUAUGAGAGAAGGCAAAGUACUAUAGAAUGGAUUCAUGAUAGCAUUUUUCUCUAAUGAUUAGUAAUUCAGUAUGAUUUCGAAUUUGAUUUUCUUCCAGAAAAUGUUGGUGCUUGGAUGGAGGCUAGGAUUGGAUGUAAAUAUUUCAUUUUCUGGCCUCCUAUUUAACAAAUUCUAGAUGCAUAUGACUUCUAACGGAAGUACUCAUAGGAAACCAGCUAUAAGGGUGUGUGUACUAUAGGAAAAGGUGCAGAGAGUCAUUCUAUAAUGCUGAGUUAGCAAGGUUGUUAGAAAAUAAUAUUAUGCAAGGUGUAAAGGAGGAUUCUUUUAGCAAUGUGGAACAACAACUUCCUGCAUGAAGUGGGAAUAAAUAGAGAAAGGAGGGGCCAAUGAAAACUAGGCUGGGAUUAGGACUGUAUCCAGGAAAAAUUAGAGCUUCUCUAAUUGCUCUGAUGAUUAUUUUUCUUUUCUGCAAUAGUUCUUCUGAAUCUUUUCUAUUUUCCAUAUUGUAGCAACUGUACUGUCUUCUUAAUAUCACACUGAUAGAUCUCAAAAGAAUUAAUACAGAUACUCAGUUCUGUCUUUUCGUCCAUUUUGUAAAGAACCUUGUAAAGAAUUAUAGCAUAACAAUGUAACAAUGCAUUGAAUCUCUACCUAAUUAAACAAAACUAUUGUUGUCGUAUACUACUUUGCAAUGUGGCUAUGUACAUGGAGGUCAAUGCUGAGCAAGAAUCAUAUGGUUGUAAAACACACUCUGUCCUGCUUGGAGUUGAUGCUGAGGAUCCGACCCAGCUGCUUUAACAAUGAGUAUAUCUUGGAAUGGAAUGGAGCUGCUGCUGAAUGAAGCAAUUAUUCUGCAGUCAAUGUCUCUGCAAGACUAAUUUUAGUUGCAUGAUGUGAGAGCGAGUCGGUUUUAACACAUAAAAGGGGGAACCAAUUUGCUUGAAAGGGAAUUUCAACUGUUCUUGUAUUUGCUGAUGAGAGUAAAUAAGGUGAUGCUCUAUGGACAGCAAAAGAAUACCUUCCUUCUGCAGCUGUGUUGCCAUGAGGCUUGUUCCACUUCAUAUCUAGGGUCUAUCAUUUUAGAAGGAGAUGCUGGGUUAGUAAUUCAUACACUGAAAAACUGGUUACUGAACCUAAUUCCUAUUUGGAAGAUUACAUCCUACGUGUAGAUUUAAGAUCUUUGUCUUGCAUUACCAAUUGGACAGUUAACAAAUUCCAAGGCCUCCUAAGUUUAUAGCUCAUAAUGGUUGUAAUUUUGGGCCUAUUCCCAUC